GACGGCGAUCCAGUCACUGUGGCGGCGUCUGGCGGGCCGUGGUGGCGUAGGGUUGCGCGGCCUGGAACGCGGACCCGGCCAAAUAGAGGUUUAACGGGAGGAAGGCCACACCAGGGCCGCGUGUGAGGAGACUUCGUGGCCGCCGAGUGAGAGGUCGGCGUAAAGGAGCGCGGAGCCUGUGGCCGCCGGCGGCCCAGACCCACCGGUCCCUGCGGCUGCUGCCGGCAUGAGCCACAUCCAGAUCCCGCCAGGGCUCACAGAGCUGCUGCAGGGCUACACCGUGGAGGUGCUGCGGCAACAGCCGCCUGACCUCGUAGACUUCGCUGUAGACUACUUUACCCGUCUGCGCGACGCCCGCGCCGAAGCCUCUGUCCUGCCCGCCGCCUCUGUGAGCUACCACACACACGAGUCCGGCCCGGACCAGGUCGCCGACGCGGACAGCGAGUCGGAGGAAUCGGACCUGGAAGUGCCUGUUUUGGGAAGGUUCAGUAACUGUUAAAUGAUCUGUGCUGAGACUUACAACCCUGAUGAGGAAGAGGAAGAUACUGAUCCAAGGGUGAUUCAUCCUAAAACUGAUGAACAGAGAUGCAGACUUCAGGAAGCUUGCAAAGAUAUUCUUCUUUUCAAAAAUCUUGAUCAGGAUGCCUGCGACUACGGUCGUGCACCUGUGCAAGUGCAAAUGGCUCGAAGAAAGGAGCUGGGGACCUAUGAUAUUUUGGUAACAAAAGAUAAUCAAACCCGUUGUGUUGGUCAGUAUGACAACCGGGGCAGUUUUGGAGAACUAGCUCUGAUGUACAACACCCCAAGAGCUGCUACCAUUGUUGCCACUUCAGAAGGCUCUGUUUGGGGACUGGACCGAUCAACUUUUAGAAGAAUCAUAGUGAAAAACAACGCAAAAAAGAGGAAGAUGUUUGAAUCAUUUAUUGAGUCUGUGCCCCUUCUUAAAUCUCUAGAGGUAUCAGAACGAAUGAAAAUUGUGGAUGUAAUAGGAGAGAAGAUUUAUAAGGAUGGAGAGCGUAUAAUCACUCAGGGUGAAAAGGCUGAUAGUUUUUACAUCAUAGAGUCUGGUGAAGUGAGCAUUUUGCUUAAAAGCAAGACUAAAACAAACAAGGACGGUGGGAACCUAGAAGUUGAGAUUGCCCGCUGUCAUAAGGGACAGUACUUUGGAGAGCUUGCACUGGUGACAAAUAAACCCAGAGCUGCUUCUGCUUAUGCAAUUGGAGAUGUCAAAUGCUUAGUUAUGGAUGUACAAGCAUUCGAAAGGCUUCUGGGGCCCUGCAUGGAUAUCAUGAAGAGGAAUAUCUCACACUAUGAGGAACAGCUGGUGAAGAUGUUUGGCUCCAGCAUGGAUCUGAUCGACCCUGGGCAGUAGGUGUGCCACACCCUAGAGCCUUCUCAGUGUGACACCAAAAUGUUCCAGUCAGCCACAGAACAUAACACAGAAAACAGACACGACAGAACUAUUCCUGAUGUUGCCACUGCUGCUACUAUUGCUGUGGUUAUGGGCAUUUAGAAAACUUGAAAGUCAGCAUUAAGAAUGGACAGAGGUUCAACUCACACCUCCACUUUGCUUCUGAAAGCCCAUUAUUAGACUACUUGUGAUGAUUACUCCAACCCAGUUUUCACAUCUUUGGUUCAGAAUGGCAUGUCUCUCCAACAAUUUAAGUGCCUGAUACAAAGUCCAAAGUGUAAACAUCCUUCUUUCCUCUUCUGCUGCUACUAUUGCUUUUGGAUGUUACCAUAAAGUCUGCAGAAAUUUGUUGUGUAACUGUAGACACCUCUUCCAAUCUUUCUCUAAGGAAGAAAUGUUAUAGCCUUCAGUCUCCUCAUUUGUCCUUUGAGAAAGUCUAUAUAUUUUCCCAAUUGCAGCCUUUGGUUUUACAGUGGAAAAUGGAGACAGAUGAGAUGGACCUCUAUGGUCCAGUGACAUUGUAUUGUCUGCUGAAAGCUGCACCCAUUAUAGCUGUCUCCACACUCACAGUGAUGCUUAGUAAAAAGCCUUCCCUGCCCGGGAUCUAGUAAGUCAGUGCCCCAACAGACUGUUAGGUCAGUGGGACCCACAUUAGAGCAGAAAAUCUGGGUUUGGCACAUGUAUCUGUAGUAGAAAUCCAGGAAAGGUUUUCUGGGUUGGAGGUUUUGUUUUUUAAUUUGUUUUGGUCAGUUUGGGUAUGUUUAACCUCUGUGCAGUUUGCAUGAUGAAUUGCUAUCCAUUUAGAAGGAGCCAGUCAGGAGGGUUGCCACCACUUGAUCUGAACAAAUAUUUCAGAGGCUGGGCAACUCCUGCCAUUUGUUUUCAGUUGCCCCUACCUGCUAAUGGCAGUAUGCUGGCAAGAGGUUAUACCAAAAGGGAGCCCUGUCCUUUCUUUCACUACAGAGUUGUUGCCUAGCUUUGCCAUUGAAUCCAUCAAUUUUUAAACUCUAAAGAAAGAAGAAGCAUAGCCGGGCAUUGUAGCGGGCGCCUGUAGUCCCAGCUCCUU